GUCAGCUGCUGUUCACAUGUCAUCAGCAUGUUGUCAUCCACUGUGUCGUGUGUAUUAUUGUGAUGUGUUAGCAAAAUUAAUAGGAGACUCCUCAAGGGUGCGACGACCUUCCGGCAGGGGUUUUCUUGGUCACCACGUAGCGAAAGGAUGCCCUAAGCCGUGACCAUGAUCUGGUUUGUCUAUGGCAUCUUUUGCUGCUUCAAGCUGCUGCUGGUGCCGGCAUAUCGGUCCACUGACUUUGAGGUUCACCGCAACUGGCUGGCCAUAACUCACUCGUUGCCGCUGAGCAAGUGGUACUCUGACCAAACCUCGCAAUGGACACUCGACUACCCACCCCUCUUUGCCUGGUUUGAGUUUCUCCUCUCGCAGGUUGCUGCCCUCUUCGACCCUGGCAUGCUCAGGGUGGACAACCUUGAGUACGCCUCGACACGCACUGUCCUCUUCCAGCGUCUCUCAGUCAUCAUCACCGACGCCAUGCUAGCCUUCGGCACCAAAGAGUGCUGUGCGUAUAUUCGAGCCAGUGGGGUGAGGAAAAGCAGUCGGUGGACGUUGACGUGGGGCUCGCCGACCUCAGUGCUCGCCCUUUUGAUUUUGGGAAACGCUGGUCUGCUGAUUGUUGACCACAUCCAUUUCCAGUACAAUGGUUUCCUCUUUGGAGUCCUGCUUGUCUCUAUAGCAAAGAUGCUGCAGGGAAAGUUCCUCAGUUCUGCCUUAUGGUUCAGCGUGCUUCUCAACUUAAAGCACAUAUUUUUGUACGUGGCACCUGCCUACGGAGUCUAUCUGCUCAGAAAUUACUGUCUGCAAGAUCCACAAGGACCAGACGCUAAAGGCUUGUGGAUUUUUGGCGGCAAACAACUUUCCAUCAGCAGGAUUUCCAAACUUAUUGGCAUCGGCGGCUUUGUCUGCUUUGCAUCUUUUGGGCCCUUCAUCGUAAUGGGCCAGUUUGGUCAGGUACUUUCAAGACUAUUUCCAUUCAAAAGAGGCCUAUGUCAUGCAUAUUGGGCGCCCAAUUUCUGGGCUCUUUACAACAGUGUGGACAAGAUUGCUGUCAUAGUUGGAAAAAGACUGGGUCUUCCAAUAGCAGCAAGUGCUGCGGCUAUGACUGGUGGCCUUGUGCAGGAAUUUGAGCACACCAUGUUACCAUCCAUUAGCCCUAAGGUCACCUUCAUCUGUACCCUAGUUGCCAUGCUGCCUGCAUUAAUUAAGCUGUGGCUUUCGCCAGCCAACCCAUUGCACUUUGUGCGGUGCAUCGUUCUGUGUGCCUUUUCCUCGUUCAUGUUUGGAUGGCAUGUGCACGAAAAAGCUGUUCUCCUCAUGAUCAUUCCACUGAGCCUCCUUGCUGUGCUGUGGAGAAAGGAGGCCCAGAUUUACCUCCUUCUUUCCACCAUUGGAAAUUAUUCGCUCACCCCUUUGUUGUUCACACCGCUUGAGAUUCCUCUGAAGGGCUUGCUCGUGCUUUGCCACGCCAUCUAUGCGUUUGUUCAGCUGCACCAGAUGUUCAACCUUCAGAAGGGCUCAUUGUUGCGGCUGCCCCUGUUGAGCCGGCUCGAAACUUUGUACACCCUGGGCCUGAUGCCUUUGUUUGUGUAUCAACACAUACUGCACAGACUGCUGUUUGCAGACGCGCUGCCUUUUCUGCCCCUACUGCUGACCUCUGUUUACUGUGCAGUUGGCAUCACCUACUGCUGGGUCACCUUUUACUGGCACUUCCUCUUCUCGGGCAACCACAAGAGAAAGGUCCACUGAUGAAACCACUAAUCAGAGAAGACAAUUGAGUGAAAGACCAGAAAAGACUAAAAAUUGAACAAGAAUUGAAAAAAAGAAUAAUAUAAAUGCAAUUACAUUAAGUCCUGAAUGUGGUUGUUUCCAUUUUGCUUUGUGUGUUGAUCAAUGUUGGUUUUAGACUAGACGAACAAGAUUUUGUGUUUGAGAAAUAAAACUGAUGUAUAAU